AUGAAGUAUCGAGAACAUUGUGACAUACAAGGCUAUAAGACCCAUGUGAUAACUAAAUUCAACACACAUGUGGUUGUCCACUGUGACAACCCAGAGACGGGAGUAUUGUUUGAGGCCCUUAAGCCAUACCAGAAAAUCUUCUCACCUUACACUGUUAUCCUGCAUGGAAGACCAGGAGUCGGAAAGUCGGCUUUGGCCAGAAGUAUCAUUCUGGGCUGGGCACAGGGUAAACUCUACCAAGAUGUGUCCUAUGCCUUCUUCUUCUCUGUUGGAGAAAUAAAAUGGAGAGAGAAGAGCAGUCUGGCACAGUUGAUUUCCAGGGAGUGGCCAGACUCCCGGGCUCCGAUGACAGAGAUCAUGUCCAACCCGGAAAGACUCUUGUUUGUCCUGGAUGGUUUUGACAGUCUGGGUUCUGCCCUCCUACUUGAUGACAUGAGGCUCUCUGGAGACUGGGAGGAUGAACAGCCCAUAUACAUGCUGAUGUACAGCCUCCUGAUGAAGGCCCUCCUACCCAAGUCCUUUCUCGUGAUCACCACCAGAGACACGGGCUUAGAAAAGCUCAAGUCAAUGGUGGUGUCCCCUCUCUACAUAUUGGUGGAAGGGCUUUCUGCAACCAGGAGGGCUGAGCUGGUCCUCAAGAACAUCUCCGACAGCCAUAAAAGAUAUCGGGCCGUCCAUUCCGUGAUAAAUAAUCACCAGCUGUUUGAUCAGUGUCAAGUCCCCUCCAUAUGCUCGCUCAUCUGUGAAGCUCUGCAGCUCCAGGAGAAGCUGGGGGAGAGAGGUCCCCCAGACUGCCAGACUUUCACCAGUUUGUAUGCCACCUUGGUGUUUUACCAGCUCACGCCGAGAGAUCCUUUCCGGAGCUGUCUCAAUCCAGAAGAGCGAGUUGCCCUGAUUGGCUUGUGCAGGAUGGCGGCGGAGGGGGUGUGGAACAUGAGGUCGGUGUUCUAUUCAACUGACCUGCAGACCCACGGCGUGAGGGAGUCUGAGAUCUUGGCCCUCUUUCACAUGAACAUCCUGCUCCGGGUUGACUACGGCACCAAGUGGUGCUAUGUCUUCUUCCACCUCAGCCUGCAGGAUUUCUGUGCUGCCUUAUAUUAUGUUUUAGAAGGGCUGGAGAAAUGGGAUCAGCACUCUUUCGUCAUUAAAAACCCAAGGAGCCUCAGGCAGCUGAGGCGAACUGACUUCAACACUCACCUCCUUGGGAUGAAGCGUUUCUUAUUUGGCCUCAUGAACAAAGACACAAUGACAACCCUAGAGGUUCUGCUGGGAAGUUCCGUGAUCCCCGCUGUGAGGCAGAAACUCCAACAUUGGGUCUUUGUGCUAGGUCAGCAGGUCAGUGCCGCCAGCCCGACAGAUGUCCUGAAUGCCUUCCACUAUCUCUUCGAAUCUCAGGAUGAAGAAUUUGUUCGCUGGGCUCUGAAUAGCUUCCAAGAAGUAUAUCUUCUGGUUAACCAGAAGAUGGACUUAAUGGUAUCUUCCUACUGUCUGCAGCACUGUCAGAACUUGAAGACGCUGCGGCUGGAUGUCAGAGACAUCUUCACAGUGAAUAAGGAUACUGAGCUGUGCCCUAUUGUUCCCCCAGGGUCACUGUACAAGCCCCUCAUCCUGGAGUGGUGGGAGAGCUUCUGCUGUGUCCUUGGCACCCACCAGAAACUGAAGCAGCUGGACCUGGGCAACAGUGUCCUGAACGAAUGGGCCAUGAAGACACUGUGCCUCAAACUGAGGAAUCCGGCCUGCAAUGUACAGACUCUGACGUUUAAGAGUGCAGAGGUAACGCCCGGCCUUCAGUAUCUCUGGGUGACCCUCAUUAGCAACCGGAACUUAAAAUACCUCAACCUGGGGAACACUCUCCUGAGGGACGAUGACGUCAAGUUAGCCUGCGAAGCGUUGAAACACCGGAACUGCUCCCUGGAGACUCUGCGAUUGGAUUCCUGCGAGUUAACCUCCGCCUGUUACCUAGAGAUCUCCAAGCUCCUUCUCUCAACCACCAGCCUCAAAUCUCUCAGCCUGGCAAGAAAUAAGGUGGUAGAAAAAAGCAUGAGGUCGCUCUGUGAGGCCUUGAGUAGCUCCAAAUGUGCACUGAAGAAGCUGAUACUGGACAGCUGUGACCUCACAUCUGCCAGCUUCCAGGUUCUGGCCUCAGCCCUUCUCAGCAACCGGACCUUGACUCACCUGUGCCUGUCCAACAACAGGCUGAGGGUGGAAGACGUGAGAAGGCUGUGUCAGUUCAUUCGACAUCCAGAAUGUGCUCUGCAGAGACUGAUACUGAACCAGUGCGGCCUCAAAGGAGACGCCUAUGGUUUCCUGGCGCUGAUGCUUAUCAACAACAAAAAGCUGACCCACCUGAGCCUGACCAUGAACCCCAUGGAGGAUGGUGGGGUGAAGCUUCUGUGUGAGGCCAUCCGGGAGCCGACGUGUCACCUCCAAGAGCUGGAACUGGUGGGCUGCCAGCUCACAGAGGAUUGCUGUGAAGAUCUGGCCCGCAUGAUCACAGCCAACAAGCACUUGAAGAGCUUGGAUCUCAGUAACAACGCCCUGGGUGACACCGGAGUCAUAGCCCUGUGCAAGGGUCUGAAGCAUAGUGACAGCUCCCUGAGGAGACUUGGGUUGGAGGCAUGCCGGUUGACUUCCGAAUGCUGUGAGGCACUGUCAUUGACCCUGUCUUCCAACCAGCGCCUCACCAGCCUAAACCUGAUCAAGAAUGACUUCAGUACGUCAGGGAUGUUGAAGCUGUGUUCUGCAUUCCUGCAUCCCACCUGUAAUCUCUGGAUAAUUGGCCUGUGGAAGCAGCAGUACUAUGCCCAGGUGAGAAAGCAGCUGGAGGAAUUGCAGUUUACCAAGCCCCACACGGUGAUUGAUGGUGACUGGUAUUCCUUUGAUGAAGAUGAACGGAACUGGUGGAAAAACUGA